CAAGGGGCAAGUCGCAGGAGGAAGGCCUGGGCCAAGUGCCGCAGCUCCUGGCAGGCGUCGGAGACGGAGGAUCUGUCCACAGAAGCGACGACGCAGGACGAGGACGAGGACGACGAGGAGGACCUCUCCGGCACGAAGCUGCCGGCGACGGCGGGAAGAGGAAACGUGCCCAACGAGAAGAUCGCGAUAUGGCUCAAGGACUGCCGUACGCCUUUGGGAGCCUCACUGGAUGAGCAAAGCAGUAGUACGCUCAAGGGUGUGCUCACGAGAAAUGGAGGAAGUUUUGAAGAUGAUUUGUCAUUGGGAGCUGAAGCCAACCAUCUCCAUGAAAGUAAUGCUCAAAUUGAAAACUGCAAUAACAUAUUGGCUAAAGAGCGAAGACUACAGUUUCAUCAGAAAGGGAGAAGUAUGAAUUCCACUGGAUCUGGGAAAAGUAGUGGGACAGUCUCAAGUGUUUCAGAAUUGUUGGAGCUUUAUGAGGAGGAUCCUGAAGAAAUUCUUUAUAAUCUUGGAUUUGGACGAGAUGAACCAGAUAUUGCUUCUAAAAUUCCUUCCAGGUUUUUUAAUUCAUCAUCAUUUGCCAGAGGGAUAGAUAUUAAAGUAUUUUUGAGUGCUCAAAUGCAACGGAUGGAAGUGGAGAAUCCAAAUUAUGCUCUAACAAGUCGUUUUCGUCAAAUCGAAGUGCUUACUACUGUGGCCAAUGCAUUUUCUUCUUUAUAUUCUCAAGUCUCUGGGACACCCCUGCAGAGAAUUGGAAGUGUAUCUUCAGUGACCUCUAACAAGGAGACAGAGUCGCCACCACCUUUAACCCGAAGUAACACUGCUAAUCGUUUAAUGAAAACACUAUCUAAACUAAAUUUAUGUGUUGAUAAAACAGAGAAAGGAGAAGGUAGUAGUCCUUCCCCUUCUAUUGAGAAAGGAAAGAUUCUAAAUGUUUCAGUGAUUGAAGAAAGUGGCAGUAAAAUUGAUCAAAAGUCUCAGAAAAUUAUGAAGAAGAAAGACUCCUCUUCUAUGCUGGCUACAGUUAAAGAAGAAGUCUCAGGUAGUUCAACUGUUACAGAGAGUGUUGAUGUUGAUAGACUUUCUGAUGAAGCAAAUAGUAAUUUUAACCAAGAAACUGAAAGUGAACAAAGUAAAAAUACUCAAAGUCAUGAGAGUAAACUGAGCGAGGACUCUGAUGUUAUACAAUCCAAUUUAGGGCAUGAUUUCAACAUACCCAGCCAUAGUGAGCUCGAAGGUAGCAGUGAGCUGAAAACCGUUCCUAUAUUCACACCUGAAAAAGAGUUGUGUGCACCACUGAUAACCCCAUUAAUAAGAAAUGUGAUGACACAGCAGAAGGACUCUUUCGAGAUGGAAGAGAUUCAAAGCACAGAAGGAGAAGCUCCUCUUGUUGCAGCCACCGUUACUCAGACCAGGAUAAAAAGAGAUCACCUGUUGCGUACUGCGAGUCAGCAUUCUGAUAGCAGUGGUUUUGCUGAAGACCCUACGGACUGCCUCUCUCUUAACCAUCUUCAGGUUCAUGAGCCCUUGCAAGCCAUGGGGAGUAGUGCUGAUAGUUGUGACAGUGAGACAACAGUCACAUCAUUUGGUGAAGACCUUGUUACACCAACAGUACAAGACCAGCCUUAUUUCAAUGAAUCAGAGGAGGAGUCUCUCAUGCCACUUCAGAAAGGGAAGGAGAAGGCAGCCCCAGUUGCUGACAAGAGAGAGUCAGACAGCCAAGAUGUCCCUCAGUGUGAGACUGACGAGAGCACAGGAGCUAAGCAGCCCCCCUGCAGUCCAGGGAAUGAUGUUUCUGAAAUCCCUGAGGUGGGAGAAGAUUUGUCCCCUGAACAGACAGCAGAGCUCCAGAGGGAAGCAAGUGCUGAGAGCGAUGUGGAUAAAGGCAGCGAGUGUGAAUUUACUCAGUAUACCACACACCAUAUUCUGAAAUCUCUAGCCUCUAUUGAAGCUACCCCUAGUGACAGGAGCUCUGAAAAUACAACGGGACCCCCCUCUUCUGUGGACAGAGUUAAUACAGCCUUGCAGAGAGCUCAAAUGAAGGUUUGUAGCCUGUCCAGUCAAAGAGCAGGGCGUAGCCUGAUCAAAUCUAAAGAUCUCUUGAAACAAAGGUACUUACUUGCAAAAGCUGGGUAUCCUUUAAGAAGGUCUCAGUCUUUACCAACCACCUUGCUGAGCCCAGUGAGGGUCGUGUCUUCGGUCAACGUUCGGUUAUCUCCUGGAAAAGAGACCAGAUGUAGCCCACCUUCCUUCACCUAUAAGUACACACCCGAAGAGGAACAGGAAUUGGAAAAAGGAGUGGUCGAGCAUGAUGGGCAGUCUUUAGUUAAAUCCACUAUCUUCAUCUCCCCAUCAUCUGUGAGGAAAGAAGAAGCCUCCCAGGGUGAGCUGACCCAGGUGGAGGAGAGCCCUCCUGGAAGGACUCCAGCCUUUUCACAGUUUGUUUCUGCACCGAUCUCUCAGUCCACCUGCUCGCUUCACUCUGUCCACUCCGAGUGGCCGGAAAGACCCCUGUGUGAGCACAUGAGAACUCUAAGCACUCAUAGCGUUCCCAAUAUAUCAGGGGCCACCUGUAGUGCCUUCACAUCCCCUUUCGGGUGUCCUUACUCACCCAGACAUGCUGCCUACCCUUAUCGAGUGUCUGCUGUGAAUCCUCCUUCUGCCAUAGAGAUGCAGCUGCGAAGAGUGUUGCAUGAUAUUAGAAGCUCACUACAGAAUCUUUCACAGUACCCUAUGAUGAGAGGACCCGAAUUUGCUGCUGCUCCGUAUAGUACUCAGAAAUCAUCUAUUCUACCUCUUUAUGAAAAUACUUUUCAGGAGCUCCAAGUAAUGAGGCGGAGCCUGAAUUUGUUUAGAACACAAAUGAUGGACUUAGAAUUGGCUAUGCUGCGUCAGCAAACCAUGGUUUAUCAUCAUAUGACGGAGGAAGAGAGGUUUGAAGUUGAUCAGCUCCAGAGUUUAAGAAAUUCAGUCCGGAUGGAACUUCAGGACCUGGAGCUGCAGCUGGAGGAGCGGCUGCUGGGCCUAGAGGAGCAGCUUCGUGCCAUGCGUGCGCCUUCACCCUUCCGCCCCUCUGCGCUCAUGGGAAUGUGUGGCAGUAGAAGUGCUGAUAACUUGUCAUACCCUUCUCCAUUGAAUGUAAUGGAACCAGUCACUGAACUGAUGCGAGAACAGUCAUACCUGAAGUCUGAAUUGGGCCUGGGACUUGGAGAAAUGGGAUUUGAAAUCCCCCCCGGAGAAAGCUCAGAAUCAGUUUUCUCCCAAGCGACCUCAGAGUCAUCUUCUGUAUGUUCUGGUCCUUCUCACGCUAAUAGAAGAACUGGAGUACCUUCUAGUGACACAGUGGGCAAACCCAAACCCCAGUUAAUGGCAAAUAAAAAAAUAUUCCGAGCGUCGGUGGCCCUUACACCAACUGCUCCUUCUAGAACAGGCUCUGUGCAGACACCCCCCGAUUUGGAAAGUUCUGAGGAGGUUGGAACAGUUGAAGAAUUCUCAGAGGUUGUAGGAUCUAAACCCGAAGUGGAAGAAGGGCCUGGGAAACGCCCAUCGGUGCCAGCUACUGAGGAAAUACAUAAAAAUGUGGAGCAAGAUGAAUUGCAGCAAGUCAUACGAGAGAUUAAAGAGUCUAUUGUCGGAGAAAUCAGACGAGAAAUUGUAAGUGGACUUUUAGCAGCUGUAUCUUCAAGUAAAGCAUCUAAUUCUAAGCAAGAUAGUCAUUAAGUGGAAAUUAUAGGUUGGCAUGGAUCCUGUUAGCUGUGUAAUAUUGAAGUUAUCAAUGAUAUACACUGGUGGAGGUGUUAUUUGUGCUACAGAAGAUACUUGCUGCUGAGCUGGGCUACUGUAUACAGUGUACAAUGUGUAUUUCUUCUAUGCAUAUCUUUAAAAAUACAUGGAAAUUUAGGCACUUUGCUGUUUCUCUUCUAAACUAUCAAAACUGUAGCAGUUGGAAAAGCCUAAUAUUUAUUUGUAUGUCAAUAUUUUCCAUUUGAUUCCUUAUGUAGAAUUAAUUAUAAAACUUGAAGACUUCCAGACUUAACCAACUUAUAAAUAACAUAUUUCUUUAGAUUAGCUUCUUAAAACACUGACCUCUGUGAGGUAUUUACUGUGCAAUAACUGAUUCAUUUUUUGAGAGCUUGAAGCAACCAAUGAUUUUUCCCUCCACUGCUGUUAAUUAGUGUCACUUCCAAGGAGAAAAUUGUUCUGUUGUAAAAAUUCCUCUUAAUUCUUGAGGAGGUUACUAAUAGCAGUAGGAUAGAAUUAUAUGAGGUUAUCUACAACUACUUAAUGUUCUUACACUGAAAGCCUUGUUGCUUUACCUAAGACAAAUAUAAUUUUAUUAUAGCUGAUGUAGUAUUUUCUUUCGGAAAUGUGCCUUAUGUUAAACACUAUAUACAUUUUGCAUUGUCCAGAGUUCUUCAUUAUAAGGAGAUGUUUCUUUCUCUGUCUUUUGGACUAAAUAUUAGUAGGGUAGGUCAGAAUAAUGGAGCCUAGGACUUGAAUGAAUAGGAAUGAAUAAGCUGGGUUUUAUGUUUUUUUUUUUUUCAAAAAUGGAAGUAAUUCAGAUCUGUUGUUACACUCAUGCAGAAGUGGUUUUAAUUCAGUUUGAACCAGUGAAAACUGUGUUUUAUGAAGAAAAAGAAAGAAAGUGCUUUCCUAUUUGGUUUUAUAUGUAUUAAAUAAAUGUGUAAAGUAAAUGUUAUUGGAAUUAUUCUUCUAGAAUUUAUCAUCCUCGACUCCUAUUAUGUUUCUUUGUGUGUGAAAUUUUAAUCAAAAGUGGUUGAGAUGUUAACAGUGUUCUUUGAAAGAAUAUCUAAAAGGUUUAUACAUGUUUG